CAAAUAAUUUGUCUCUUUCACAAAUCGUACCUGAAACCAAGUGCCUUUCUCCCUCUAAAUUUGUUGGGUGUUUUUCAUUUAUAGUGGGAUUCGAUGAUGACAGAUUCUAAAUAAAAGAGAUUUGAUCAUACGGAGAGAGAAGAGAGAAACAAACGUCUAUGGAAGAUUGUUAGCUAAUUGUAAUCUAGAGAGAGAGAGAGAGAGAGAGAGAUGGGAGGUUGCGUGUCGACGCCGAAGAGCUGUGUGGGAUCGAAGCUGAGGUCUAAGCGAAGGAAGAGUCGUAAAAGACGAAAGCUUCAAAGGAAGAGAGGAGCCGCCGGAUCAUUUGACAAUAAUCUCGAUCAUCCUCCCAACAACUUGCCCACUCCCAGUUUCAGAGCAAGUGGGGAAGAAGCAUGGUUUGAAUCCAAUGUAGCAUUUGAAACUGAUUGUGAUGAUGAUUUCCACAGCGUCCAUGAUGAUGAUACCUCGUCUUUAAACGGAGGUGAGCGUGCAUCAGACUCCAGUACUAUAACCACAUCAUCAACAGGAGACUCUGACUCAAACUCAAACGCAUCCAUGCCCCGGUCGAAAUCAGACGGUGGCAUAAACGACACUGACCAGCCUGAUUUCAUAGACUCAUCAUCAUCUGCGGAUGAAGGAGGAGGAGCCUUGCCUAGUAACUGUUUGCCUUGUCUGAAUCCAAUAACUGUUGUUCCUUGUGUUGAAAAAGGAAGGUCACUUAGCUCUAGCCCUCCUAGUUCAAGGAAAAAAGCGUCUCUUAAACUAUCUUAUAAAUGGAGAGAAGGUCAUGCUUCAGGGGCCUUGUUUCUUUCUAAAAUGCAGUUGAAGAGACCAGUAGCGGGUUCUCAGGUUCCUUUCUGUCCAAUCGACAAGAAAAUGCUAGAUUGUUGGACAACCAUCGAGCCAAAUAGCUUCCGUGUUCGUGGCAAAACCUAUUUAAGGGACAAGAAGAAAGAGUUUGCAGCUAGCCAUGCAGCGUAUAAUCCUUUUGGCGUUGAUGUUUACUUAUCAGAACGUAAAAUAAACCAUAUCGCACAAUAUGUCAAGCUUCCCGUUACGACUCCGUCCACGAAACUCCCAUCUAUCCUUGUUGUUAAUGUUCAGAUUCCAUUGUAUCCAACUACAAUCUUUCAAGGUGAAACUGAUGGAGAAGGAAUGAAUAUUGUUUUAUACUUCAAACUUUCGGAUAAUUAUUCAGAGGAAAUCCCUCUUCAUUUUCAAGAAAACAUUCAGAGAUUAAUAAAUGACGAGGUUGAGAAAGUUAAAAGCUUCCCUAUGGAUGCAACGGCGCCUUUCAGAGAACGGCUGAAGAUACUGGGACGUGUUGCCAACGUGGAUGAUCUGCACUUGAGUGGUCCAGAGAAGAAGCUGAUGCAGGCUUACAACGAGAAGCCUGUUCUUUCGCGUCCGCAGCACGAGUUCUACUCGGGUGAAAAUUACUUUGAGAUUGAUAUUGAUAUGCAUAGAUUCAGUUAUAUAUCACGGAAAGGAUUUGAAACAUUCAUCGACAGACUCAAGAUCUGUGUUCUUGAUGUUGGACUCACAAUUCAGGGGAACAAACCAGAGGAGCUACCAGAGCAGAUUCUGUGUUGCAUCAAGCUAAAUGGAAUUGAUUUCAUGAACUAUCAUCAAUUGACUCAAGAACUCUUAUGACUUUACAAAAAAAAUUUCUCCCCCCUUUGUUUAGCUUAUUAAUGACAUCCCUUUAGAACACUCCAAGAAUACAAAAAGGGUGAUGAUUUUUAAGUGAAUAUAUAAAAUUUUAUGGUCUUUA